AUGCCAUCUGAGAGUGAAGACCAGGCAGAGUACCAAGGGCCACAGCACAACUUCAGAUUGAUCCUGGAGUUCUCCAAGUCUGAUAGGGAGGAGAGAAGAGACAGGACAGACUCACAGACUGUCAUCCAGAUAUACCCAAAGAGAGGGCUGGCCACGCCAAGGUUCAACCAGCCCAGCCCUGUGACCUUCACCCUGAAGGGCAUCCCUGGCCUGGAAGACCUGUACCUGUGGCUGUCCCUGCCCUUCUCCUACAUGUUUGUCGCCAUUCUCCUGGGCAACAGCACCAUCCUGUUCCUGCUGGCGAUGGAGUCUGCCCUGGACAAGCCCAUGUACCACCUGCUGGCUAUGCUUUUGCUAGCUGACCAGGUCUCCACCCUGGCCAUGAUGCCCCGGGUCCUCAGCCUCCUCUGGUUUGGCAUCCAGGACAUCAGCCAGGAUGCCUGCUUGCUCCAGAUGUUCUUCAUCCACGCUGUGCUCACCGGCUCCCUGGUGUGCCGCCUGGGGCGGAUGGCGCUGGACAAAGGGAUGGUUUUGUUUCUUCCCAUACUUCUGCUGCUCAGAGAGCUGACCUUCUGCCGGACAGUUAUUGCCCACACCUACUGUUACCACAUGGCCGUGGUCAAGAUGGCCUGCGGGCACAGCAGGCCCAACCGUAUCUACAGCCUCUUUGUGGCCGUUGUGGUGGUGGGCCUUGACUGUCUCCUCAUCGGGGCCUCCUAUGCCUUGAUCCUACGGGCCGUCUUACAAUUGUCUUUCCGUGGGGCCUGCCUCUGUGCCCUCAGCACCUGCUCUUCCCAUCUCUCGGUCGUUCUCAUCAUCUAUGGCCCCGGCCUCUUCUCUGCACUUGUCCAACACUUUGACCACUCCAUGCUGAUCCACAUCCACAUCCUCCUAGCCAAACUCUAUCUCCCUAUCACCUCUCUGUUCAACCCAGUCAUCUUUUGGGUUCUGAUAAAGCAUCCCGCUCUACCUGCCAGCCUGGAGAGCUACAACCGCAGCCUGGACAAUUGCAGAUGGGGGACCUGA